CAGCCGUUGGCCGCCCCGGCCUCCUGCCCUCUGGGCGGGGCUCAGGACACCGCGCCGGGAAGCCGGGCGCCCGGGCACAUCCGCGACGUCAGACCUUCAAGCACUUUGUGCCAAAUCAUUACCACUUGCCACAUGAUUCUAAAUAAUGAUGGAUGCCGAGUAUGUCCUCUGCAGAUGGAAAAAGCGAUUAUGGCCUGCAAAGGUUUUGACCAUAACUGAGACAACAACAAAAAAUAAGAGAAAAAAGGAAUUUUUUCUAAGUGUUCAGAUAUUCUCCUUAGACGAAAAAAUUGAGGUGAAGAGCACAGAAGUCAAGAUCCUGGAGAAGUCUCAAAUUGAAGACAUUGCCUCUUCAUUAGCCUCACAGAAUGAGAUUCCUGCUGCGCCUGUGGAGGAGCUGACCUACAGACGGUCACUUCGGGUGGCUCUGGAUGUUUUGAAUGAGAGAACCUGUUCACGUCAGGAAAGUUCUCCCAGGGUAGAAAGAUCUGCUCCGUCUCCACGUGAGAAGCCCACAGAGCUGCCCACCUUGCCUUGUGAAUCAAACUCUCCAGCUUCCCCCCACAGAGACGGCGUGGGCAGUCUGGGGCUGGAGCGCAGAGAACGUGCACACCCACGACCUUCGGGGUCGUCCGCGGGUGGCAAGGACCCCAUGUACAGAACAGAGCAGAAGAAGGGACUUGGGAAAGGUGAAAGCCCCAGAGCCCCGCCUGUCUCUUCAGCUGAAGAUGGUCCUCAGGAUGGUGGUGGGUCAAGAACACACCGAAAAAAUGGGACAACCCCAAGUAAAAGGGGACGAACUUCCGUGCAAGAGCCCAGCUUGUGUCAGAACGGACCUCCACUUCCAGAGGGAGGUUGCAAGGCAGAGCGAGAGAAGGCAGGCAUGUCGGGAGUCCCGUGCUCGCCUUCCAGGGCUGAGGUGGGGGAGGAGACUUUGGAAACCAAAGUUGAAGGCUUUGGCCUGGGUUUGCCUUCAGGCGGCCCCACUAUGCUCCUGGCCUGCCCAGAGGCCAGACGCCACCCUGCCAAGCGGCUGUGCCUGGCUGGCAGGCAGAGGCCACUUACACCAAGGGCAGCAUCAUCCCCCACGCAGGGGCCUACGGGAUAUACGUCUCCUCACCACACCCCUGCAGAUGAAACAAGAAAUCUUAGCCUCCUGGACCCCAAGAAGGUGGAAGAAGACCGUCAGUCUUCUGGAGAGUCUGCGGAGUUAAAUUCCAUUCAUUCUCUCCUGGAGGAAGAUGAGGACGAUGAGGAGCCGAAACCAAUCCUUUUCUAUCGUGAACCACGUUCGUUUGAAGUAGGAAUGCUAGUCUGGCUUAAAUACCAAAAAUACCCCUUCUGGCCAGCGGUGGUUAAAAGCAUCAGGCGAAGAGAUAAGAAAGCGAGUGUGCUUUUUAUCGAAGGGAACAUGAAUCCGAAAGGGAGAGGCAUCACCGUGAAUCUGAGAAGAUUAAAGCACUUUGACUGUAAAGAGAAACAAGCACUUCUGAAUGAAGCCAAGGAAGCCUUCGACCAGGCCAUCGGCUGGUGCAUCUCCCUCAUCACUGACUACAGGGUCCGGCUAGGUUGUGGUUCCUUCUCUGGCUCUUUCCUGGAAUACUAUGCUGCUGAUAUCAGUAAUCCCGUCCGCAAGUCCAUCCAGCGCGAUGUCUUGGGGACCAGGUUCCCACAGUUGAGCACAGAGGACCCAGAGGAGCCUGUGGAGGGGAGCCCCUGGGGCAGGCGGCAGCCCUGCCGAAAAGUCCUGCCUGAUCGAUCUCGAGCUGCACGAGACCGGGCCAACCAGAAGCUUGUGGAGUACAUUGUGAAGAACAGGGGAGCCGAGAGCCAUCUGUGUGCCAUUCUGAAGAAUAGGAAGCCAUCCCGGUGGCUGAAGACCUAUCUGAACUCGGGUCAGUAUGUGACCUGCGUGGAGACCUACCUGGAGGAUGAGGAACAGCUAGACCUGGUGGUCAAGUACCUGCAAGGGAUCUACCGGGAGAUGGGCAGCAGGCUGCUGACACGCAUCAACGGCGACGGGAUCCGCUUCAUCCUGGACGUCCUUCUGCCUGAGGCCAUCAUCUGUGCGAUUUCUGCUGUGGAUGCGGUGGACUACAAGACAGCUGAAGAGAAGUACAUAAAGGGGCCGUCCCUCAGUUACCGGGAAAAGGAGAUUUUCGACAACCAGCUCCUGGAGGAGAGGAGCCGGAGAUGCUGAGGGCUGUCCCGAAAGCCGCAGUCGGGACUGAGGCCCGGGGACGCCGCGGCCCUCAUGUCUGUUUUUGCAUUAUCUUUGUUCUUCGCAUCUUCAGUUCUUCAGUUCCUGUUUGCUGGGCUCCGAAGAGCAUGUUUCCUCAACACCCUUUUCCUCUUGUUUUGGGAAGGUGUAGGUCCUGGAAGGUUUUUAAAAGGACAAAAAGGCAUUUGUUUUAUUUCAUAUUUUUGUAUCACUACUUGUAACUGUACUGUAUGGGUUAUUACAAAGUACUUUUUUUUAAUGUUGAAAAGCAUUGUACACAUUAUUAAACAGGAGUUUGGAAAAGAACAAGAUAGGAAUGUUGGGGUGUUUCUGGUCCCCUGUUUGUGUGGUUUCCUCCUGAGAUAACUUCCAGGUGUGCCAUGCUGCUCCCUCUUUGACACUUUGAGGAAAUCUAAUCCAAAAAAGCAAACUGAAGACAAGCUGCUUCCUCGCUCUUUAGCACGGCUGUGGUUUCUUGUGCAGGAGGAUGGGCACACACGUCCUCCCCGUGGCUGCUGCUCAGUUUCUGUGUGGCUGGUGAGUCUCCGCUAGAUGCCCACUCACCCCAGCCUUCAGGGCACCUGUUGCAACAGGCCUUUGUCUGGAAGCUGGGCUGAAUUUUGGCCCAGGAUCCACCCUGGGUUAGAGAGCCUGCAGAGAGAGCUGCGUGACGGCAUGUGACUCAGCGUCACCGGGCCAGUUCUCAGAACAUGGUCAUGGAAAUUCUGUUACAAGUCAAAGCCACGCUCCAAUUAAUUAUUUAGUCUAACUGAUGUGGAAAUAUACUCUCUGUGGAAGUAUAUGCUGAAAUUAAUCUUAAGACACUACUCCAUCAUUUCUGCUGUGACUGCAUUACUACAUUUGGAUGGGGCUAGCACCCCCACCAUAAUGACUGGACCACUGUUUCAGGGGAACAAGCCUUUUUCAUGUCCCCUCACCUAACUGUGGCUUCCACAGAGAGAGGCUGGAAGAUUAUCAUGGAAUAAUGAGAUGAAUAGUAAGGAGGCUAGGCCAGGAGGCUGUGCUGACACAGGGUACCCAGAGCCCUGCUGCUCCCUGUGUUUCAGUUGACUUUGCUGAUAUCUAGGAAUAGGUAAUUCAACCCUGCCUGGCCCAGCUGUUUUACCUUGCUCUGCUGUCGUCCUUUCCAGGCGUCCUGUCUGGGUUGGGCUCCAGGAGAGAAGGUGCAAUUGCUACAGUGGACACCCUCUCCCUGGGCCCUGCCUGCUGUGCCUAGAGCAACAGUGAGACUUCAGAAGGGCAGUGGUGCCAUGUCUGAUGGAGGAGCUGGCCUGUGAGGGUCAUUCUCCCCUGGACAGAGAGGCCCUCAUCCCACAGGACCAGGCCUGCCAUCAGCGAUCCUCUCGGAAGUUGGUUCCUACUGAGAGCAACUUCAUUUGAGCGAGCAUGAAUAUACAGGGUGUUACUUGAGUGAUGAGAUUUGUGAAGCCCCUUGGCCUAUGUGGGAAUGAUUCCGUUAAUGUGAAUGAAAUAUUUUUCUAUAUCUGUUUCUUUGCUGAUCUUUCCCGUGUUCUCAAGCUUUGACUGUGGAAUUGAACUAUUCAGACUGAAAUUAAAUGUUGUUUUAGAGCUCUAGCUGUGCUUUCUGAACCCCCACCUGCCCCACUCAAGGGCAACAUGCCCUUCACAGGAUGACCUGUCCCUGGGUUCCUGUUUAAGGAGGUGUUUCUACAUCAGCCAGUGCAGAACAGACAUCUGUCAGCUGUGUGGUUCCUACUCCACAUCCUGUCUGGCACCCUGCUAUGUGCUAAACUUGCUAUGUGAUGUUUUUUGUGGAUUUUGAAGGUGUUUGUCUUAAAACCCGGAACUGAGGCCACUGGGGCAGGUAGU